AUGGUCAAGAGCAUGAGUAAAAGGAAAAGAAUGAUUAGGGGAGCUGCUGUUUUUAUGACACUGGCUGCAGUAGCUGUUCUUGUUCGUGCUAUCAUGAGGAAGAGAAGAAGACCCCGUAUCACCUAUGGCCCAAUGCAUGAACGAGAUAGGAUCAGAUUUGAUUAUUUGAACCAAAAAAUUUGGCAAUGUGAUGUGACAUGUAGAAAUAUGUUAAGGUUUGAUAGAGGUCCUUUCUUUCGAUUGUGUGACAUAUUGAGAGAUCGUAAGUUGUUAGAGCACAAUGUUCAUCUAACUGUGGAGCAACAAGUGGCGAUGUUUUUGCAUACAAUUGGGCAUAACCUUCGGAAUAGGGUUGUUGCAACAAACUUUGGUAGAUCAUUCAGCACAACAAGCAUCUAUUUUAGGGCAGUCCUUCAUGCCAUAGGAGAGUUGCGUAAUGAUUACAUCAGGCCACCAUCAUUGGAGAUACCAACAAAAAUUGCGGGAAAUCAUCGAUUUGACCCAUAUUUUAAGGAUUGUAUUGGAGCUAUCGAUGGUACACAUGUGAGAGCAUCUGUUAACAAAGAUGUGGAACAUUCUUUCCGUGGUAGAAAGCCUUUUACUACUCAAAAUGUGAUGGCAGCGGUUGAUUUCGACCUCAAGUUCACAUAUGUGCUGGCUGGUUGGGAAGGGUCGGCUCAUGAUUCAACCGUUCUAGCUGAUGCAUUAGGGCGUGAGAGAGGCUUACAAGUACCAGAAGGAAAGUACUACCUAGUUGAUGCCGGUUACGGAGCAAAGACUGGUUUCAUGCCACCUUUUCGUCGUGUGAGAUACCAUCUGAACGAGUGGGGUAGCAAUCCAGUCCAGAAUGCAAAGGAGCUAUUCAACCUUAGGCACUCAUCUCUACGGGUGACGGUAGAGCGAGCAUUUGGUUCUCUCAAGAGACGCUUCAAAAUUUUAGAUGAUGCAAAACCAUUCUUUACCUUUCCGGUGCAAGUUGACAUAGUUGUAGCUUGUUGCAUCCUUCAUAAUUAUGCACUAUCCCAAGGGAUUGAUGAGUUUAUCAUACCGGAGGUAACAUGGACCACCCAACCAAUUCGUACAUCAAGGCAACAAGCAAAAAUGGACGAUGACACAACCACUCCAAGUGGCAGCACCGGUAAAAGUGGGCAGGCAGUGUGGACUACCUCCAUGACCAACAUGAUGUUGAGCCUUUUGUGUGACAUGGUUGCUAGUGGGAAAAGAACUUCGUCCGGAUUCAAGAAGGUUCAUUUCAAUGAAGUUGCUACAGGUUUGAAUGAACAUUUCAAGCUAGCUAUCACGGGGGAUCAAGUUAGCAACCAUCUUAAGAAGUGGAGGAAAAUUUGGGGGAGGAUAGUACAAUUGAAGAAUUUGAGUGGAGCUCUAUGGGAUGAAGAUAAUUGCAUUAUUAAGCUAAGCGAUGAACACUAUGCAGGUCAUUGCAAGGACCACAAAUCUGAUGUCAACUACUUGAACACUCCCAUUGAAUAUUAUCAUGCCAUGAACACUAUGUUUGGCACAACUACUGCUACGGGUAAACAUGCUAGGUCCGGGAAUGAUCCCCUCUCCACUGAUUUAGAUGAGGAGGACAAUAGUGAGGUGAAUGUUGGCGAGUCAUCUAGUUCCAAAGCACCAGCAAAAAAGAAGGCCAAGGUAAUGCAACUUGAAGAUGAUGCGCUAGUUACCACUCUCAAAGAUGGGUUCAAACUUGUAGCUGAAGCUCUAGUGAAAUCUGGUGGAGAUGAUGAUACUAUACCAGAUAAUCUUUGGGAUGUUAUCUCCAUAGUUCCUGGUUAUAGUGAAGGAGAACUUGCUCACUACUAUGCUCACCUUGUUGACAAUCCCAAAAUCGCAAGAGCUUUCUUGUCGCUUAGCCUCUCUAACAAGUUGGUUUGGGUUAGUAGGUAUGUGACCAAGAACUUUGGUUAG